GGAACGUGAGGGUGACGGGUCAGGGUCUCCCUGGUACUCGGGCUCCGCUCUGGGCGACCGGCUUAGGGGCCUCCGGGGCAGGGCCUACUUUCUGUCAAAAUGGCAGCGCCCAGCCUGUACGGGAGCCUCUGAGGUGGGAGUGUAAUAUCCCUGCCGGUAGCACCCAGCGAGUCUGCCUGCCUCACUUCUGACUUUGAAACACCCCGGGUCUAGGUACCUGGCGAGCGGUGGAAUUCGUGAGAAGUUUCUAUGAUGGUUGGUUCAGCUCUCAGGCAAGUCACCCGUGCAUGUUUCUACUUGCUGAGCAAGGCCAGUCACAUCUCCAGAGGCCAUCAGCACCAGGCCUGGGGCUCGAGGCCUGCUGCUUCCGAGCUUGCUGCCCAAGCAGCUCCCGGCCACGUGGUGGAGCUGCUGGGCAAGUCCUACCCUCAGGAUGACCACACCAACCUCACCCAGAAGGUCCUCUCAAGGGUAGGUAGGAAUCUACACAACCAGCAGCAUCACCCUCUGUGGCUGAUCAAGGAGAGGGUGAAGGAGCACUUCUACAAGCAGUAUGUGGGCCGCUUUGGGACCCCGCUGUUUUCAGUCUAUGACGACCUUUCUCCAGUGGUCACAACAUGGCAGAACUUUGACAGCCUGCUCAUCCCAGCUCAUCACCCCAGUAGGAAGAAGGGGGACAACUAUUAUCUGAAUCGGACACACAUGUUGAGAGCACACACGUCAGCGCACCAAUGGGACUUGCUGCACGCAGGGCUGGAUGCCUUCCUAGUGGUGGGCGACGUCUACAGGCGCGACCAGAUUGACUCCCAGCACUACCCUGUUUUCCACCAGCUGGAGGCUGUCCGGCUCUUCUCCAAGCACGAGUUAUUUGCUGGUAUAAAGGAUGGAGAAAGCCUACAGCUCUUUGAACAAAGUUCUCGCUCUGCCCAUAAACAAGAGACACACACCAUGGAGGCCAUGAAGCUUGUGGAGUUUGACCUUAAGCAAACGCUUACCAGGCUUGUGAGACAUCUUUUCGGAGAUGGGCUGGAGAUAAGAUGGGUAGACUGCUACUUUCCUUUUACUCAUCCUUCCUUUGAGAUGGAGAUCAACUUCCAUGGAGAAUGGCUAGAAGUUCUUGGCUGUGGGGUGAUGGAACAACAACUGGUCAAUUCAGCUGGUGCUCAAGACCGAAUUGGUUGGGCUUUCGGUUUAGGAUUAGAAAGGCUGGCCAUGAUCCUCUACGACAUUCCUGACAUCCGCCUCUUCUGGAGUGAGGACGAGCGCUUCUUGAAGCAGUUCCAUGUGUCUGACAUUAAUCAGAAGGUGAAGUUUCAGCCUCUUAGCAAGUAUCCUGCUGUGAUAAAUGACAUUUCAUUCUGGUUGCCCUCUGAGAACUAUGCAGAGAAUGAUUUCUAUGACUUAGUCCGGACAAUUGGAGGAGACCUGGUGGAAAAGGUUGAUCUUAUAGACAAGUUUGAACAUCCAAAGGAGAGGAGCCAGAUCCCCAUGUGUCCAUUGGUACCUUUGCAAUGGUGUGCCUCAUUCAUGCAUUGACUGAUGAGAAAAUUUAAGAAGUUUCUAAACAUUUGGCAUUAGUGGGUGUACCAAAACACUUGUCACAAUGUUGAACAGAAUACUCAAGAAGGUCACCAUGAGAGGCACCUGCUCAGUGUGGCCCACCUGGCUUCCAAAUGGACGUGAGUCAUGGACAUUGACCUGGUCACAGAUCGCCACUGUGUGACACUGGGAGCAGCAUUUGAUAGGACAGUUCACAUGAAUUCUCCUUUCUUCCUCCAUUCCCUCCAGUCUCCCUCCCUUCUUUCCUUUUUCAUAUGUUCAUUUGUUCUUGCUUUGUCAAAUUGCAGCCAAUAUAAAUACCAGUGAGAUUUACCCAUAUCCUUUAAUGGAAAAUGUCUUAUGUUUCUUAUGAAAAAUGUCUCCUAAAAUUGUGCUUGAUUUUUGUGUUAUGACCAGUGGGGAGAAAGGAUGGAAAGAUGUCAUGGGGAAGGUGUUCUACUGGGGUUUCUUAUAGUCCCAAGAAACAGGUUUAAAUUAAGUUCACUCUUCCACGGUGUGUCUGCCUAUUGCUGCUACUCUGUUCCAUUUUAUUUUCUCAAACUGUCUCUCACUUCACCUUCCCCCCAUGUAACCUCUGCUCUUCCUUACCUUGCACAAAGUUGAGAACCUCACCUAGCUCCUGAGUCCACAUGACCUUCAGUACAUCAGCACCAACUCCAAGUUCUGGCCUGAUCCUAACAUUCUCUACAAAGGAAUCUGAGUGACCCAGCUCAACUUUUCCUGCCAGACCAGAGGCCAUUAGGCAGCCAGCAGUGGGCUCCACUUGAGUCAGAUGCCUGCCCUUGGUCUAAUUAGCCACAUGGGUCAGGUGGAUGGGCCAGUAGUUUUACCACUUAUCCAGAUCCUUCUUUUUUUCUCUUUAAUCUAAACUGUAGGUUCUAAUUCAGGCACUACCAUUUUUAAACUUCCUUGAACUUCACACAAAGAGACAUGCCAUAGAUACAUUUACCAAUUGAUUCUUGAGCUCCUGUGUUACGGGAAACAUCAGGCUAAUUGCUGUGGGAGCGUAAGGGUGUUGAGGCAAGAUCCCAGUUUUUAUGGAGCUCAUAACAUGCAAAAAGCAAAGUAGCAAUAAAAAGCAUUAGGUGAUGAUGAGCUUGGUUAAGCCUAAUGAGUGGCCUGUGCAGUUUCAUACACAUAAUUCAUGCCCAAGAAACUUUCAUUGAGUGAAAUGAGAGGCAUAUACCUACAGCUAUAGAUUCAAAGGGGAGAGGCCUGAUAAGAUUUGCCAAGUAGACAGAACAGCUAGCUCUCUAGGUUUGUCUUUCUUCUGCUACCUGUGAAUGAGAUGUACAUAUUCCUGAGUUUAGUUAAUGUGACUAAGCUUUAGUAUUAAUAGAAACCCUCAGUUUCCACAAACUGUUGCCAAGACAGACUAACUUACAGUGGGCACAUUACGACAAAGGGGAUUUACUUAAGGCUACACCUGAAUCAGAACUUGAAAGCUGUCAGGAACUGAAACAGGUCUAAGGGCCAUAGACCCUCUGCAUCCAGGUGCCUCUGGCUCUGUUCCUCUCCUGCCUUCUCCUGGCCUGCUGUAUCCUCCUCUUCCCCACCCAUAUUCACACAUUAACUUCUCUGCCUAUUUCUGCAUUGCCUAUAGCCUCUUCUGGCCAGUCCUUUCCAUUUUCUUGGUACAAAUUCUGGAAAGUAGCCUAACUAAGCUAACUACCAUCACACAUUUUGGGCAAAAUCCUUUGCUGCCUCCCGGGGUUCUGAGCAGUCUGCGGAUGGACCACUGUUAGGUUAAAAAUUCAUUGUUGGGCCAGGCACAGUGGCUUAUGUCUGUAAUAACAGCACUGUGGGAAGCCGAGGUAGGAAGAUCACUUGAGGU